AUGUCGUAUGUGGUGCAAGCCGGACUCUUUGCGAGUGGUCUAGCGGUUGGAGUUGGUGGAGCGGUCCUGCUUGCGUCCAACCGCAAGCCCACCGCCGCUGCCAUCUCGCACGACCAGCCCUCUACCCCCGGUAAACCGGCCAUCACUUCCACCCCCUCCUCCUCAUCUGUCGCCGUCGUCGACUCGGGCUAUACCUCAUCGGACUCUCUCGGACCCGCCGGCUACCCUGGCCCUGUCUCGGACUUCCUUCGCCACUCGGCCUACGUUUCAUCCUACGACCGUCGGUUGCGCCACCCCGCAUGGACGGCUGAGCACCUGACGGCUGCAGCGCUGCAGCGUCCGCCAGGCCCGAAACCGGACCGCUCCAACUCUGUUUUCCGCGAGGAUACUCGGAUCCCAGAGCUCUUCCGCGCCAAGAUGGCCGACUACUUUCGCUCGGGCUACGACCGUGGCCACAUGGUCCCCGCUGCCGACGCCAAGAUCUCCCAGCUCGCCAUGGACGAGACGUUCCUGCUCACCAACAUUGCGCCUCAGGUGGGUGCCGGGAUGAACCGCGACUACUGGGCUCACACAGAGGACUUUGUCCGCCGCCUCACAUCGAGGUUCGCCGACCUGUACGUCUUCACCAUCCCGCUGUACCUGCCCCGCCAGUAUCCAGAUGGAAAGUUCCGCGUCUCGUACGAAGUCAUCGGCAACCCUCCCAACAUCGCCGUCCCCACCCACUUUGCCAAAGUCAUCCUCGGCGUAGGGACCGCCAGCGAAGCCAACGGUGCACCAGGGCCCAAGCCAGAGUGGAAGGCGAUUGGAGCCAAGGUCGGUUUGGGCAGCGGCAUGGUGAUGGGGGCAUUUGUCAUGCCGAACAGUGUGAUUCCCAACGAGGCACCGCUGGAGAGCUUUGCCGUGCCCGUCGAGACGGUCGAGAGGGCUGCGGGGUUGACGCUGUUUCCACCCGCCGUCAAGGGCGCAGCUAAGAGGCUGUGCGAUACCGUCCAGUGCUCGAUCGUGGUGAGGGAUUUCAGCGACAAGAGCAAGACGCUGUCCGCUGCUGCACCCAAGGCCCUCCCCGCACCCAGUGCCAGACUCUGA